AAGGCGAGGCAAAACAGGGAGCUUCUGAAAUACUGUAGGGAUUGGGGAAAUGUUGACGUCGGUAGUAAAGGAUGUAAUAACAGAACAACUUGAAAAAAUAAGCAGGAGCGAAAGGAGCUGUUUAUGAAAAGGAGCCCGUGUUAGACUAAUCCAGUAAAGUCGUCUGAGCAUGUGCGUAAUGGAAAGGGAGGGGGUGCCAGUGGCUGGGUGGCGUUGGUAUUUUCCGAAGGCUUUCAAUAUAUUGCCAGCCAGGCCAGCCCACCGAGUGUGGGAAUAAGGGGAUCCUCAAGUUGGCAGGCUGACACGGACUGGGUAGCCGCCCACCGUGCCAGGGGACCCAGGAGACGGGUCAUGGCUCACCGAUGAUUCUGCAUCUGUGGACAGGAUGUAAAAAGGUUUCAAUGGAACAAGCUGAGAGACUGGGCAAGAUUAUGGUGGAUAUAAGAUAAUAUUUUAAAGCAUUUAUUAUAAUGCCGGUUUUUAAAGAAAAAAAGUGAUAGAUUCCUGUUCACAGCAGCAGCAACCCUUUUGACACACCCAGCUCCAAAAUGCAGGUGUUGCAAGCUAUAUUGAGAGAGAAAUGGUAUUGCUGUGGUCUCUGUGAGGAGGUUUGAGUACAGUGUAAAGCGUCUUACUGAAGUUUUACAGGACCUUGUCAAGACCGUAGAUGGAGUAUCAUGCAGUAUAUAGUUUCCACAGAACGAGUGAAAAUUCAUCAGUAAUGCUGGGAUUGCUGUAUGAGGGUCUGGGUCUGGGCCAGGUAUUUACUGUUGAGUUGAGAUAUUCAUUCACUCGAGGGCUAGAGGAGUGGAAUGAAGUCAGUGACCUCAUUCGAAGCAGAGAUCCAUAGAACGGAUAUUGAGACUGGGCGGAAAAUGUCACUGGGGUAGCUCAGCCCAGAGCUCCGUGGUGGAGCACGUUUGAGGGGUGAUAGUCUCCACACGUUCUAUGUGUUUGGCUGCAUGAGCGAGAGAAAGUCUGUCUCAGGUACAGGAAACGCGUCAGUGUUGCAACAGUGAGUGUGAGUUGUGUGUUAAUAUUGAUUUGCUGUUAGCAUCAAUGUUCAGUAGGAGUGUGUGUUGGGGUGGGCGUGAAUGUAUCAGUGUUGGUGAGUGUGACUGUGUCAGGAUUGUAAUAGGUGUGAGUGUUUUAGGGUGCUACGGGUUGAGUAUAGGCAAGCCAGUGUUCGUAAGCAUGUCAAUAUGGCAUGGGAAAUAGUGUGUUGGUGUUGGUUAACUGUUGAGUGACUUAGUGUGAGUGGUGUGUCUGCGUGUGGGCUGUGGGUAUGCCAGUGUGAAUAAGUGUGUCAUUCUGCUGUGAGGUUGUGAGUGUGUCAAUGUGAGGUUCUCAAUCUGAGUGAGUGGAUGAGGGUGAGUAAGAGUGUCAGUGUGCGUGUAUCAAUGUGAAUGUUGUUACAAUGUGCCUCACUGACUCCCACGUUUUGGGUUGCCCUGGGUGCUGUGGGCAGUGGCAGAACCUCCCUGGUCCACGUUGGCCUCCAUGACUGGCUAUCUGGUGGUCCAGCCCCAGGGUCCAAAGUCUAGGAUCUCCCUCUCCCCUUUCACUGCAAAGCACACGUUUUGGCUGUAACUCCACCUCCCUCCGUGCCUGAGCUCAGAAUCCUGUUAUUCCUGUCAGGAAGGAAGCCAGAGGCCGACAGGACAAUCUCCGCUUUUGAGAUUGUGCAGCUUUGGUCUGGCCAAUCACAUCACUGGGAAUGGUGUUGGGGGAGGGAAACGGACUGUCACCUUGUCCUGGCAAAGCAACGGCGCCUUUUCUGGAGAAGAAAUCGCUCGGAAAGCCAGGCUGGGGUAGGCCAGGAAAUGCUGGUGGGGCUGAUGGCGGGGGUGAAGCUUCGCGAAUUGUCUUCGUCCCAGCUCUACCGCCGUCGCUACGGACGCCACAGUGGGCUGCUGGAGAUGUGGGGUUCCAGAUCCGAGCCCCCAACACCAGGCAACAUGUCGGACGCCUUGGCUAGUGCCACCUGCGGGCACUGCCACUCGCACUUCGACCCCAUGGAGCGAAUCGUCAAUAGCAAUGGGGAGCUCUACCACGAGAAGUGCUUUGUCUGUGCUCAGUGCUUCCAGCAGUUUCCAGGAGGAGUCUUUUAUGAGUUUGAAGGCAGGAAGUACUGUGAACACGACUUCCAGAUGCUUUUUGCACCUUGCUGUGGACAAUGUGGGGAGUUCAUCAUCGGCCGUGUCAUCAAAGCAAUGAAUAAUAACUGGCACCCGGACUGCUUCUGCUGUGAGAUUUGUUCGGUGGCUUUGGCUGACUUGGGCUUCGUGAAGAAUGCGGGCAGGCAUCUCUGCAGACCCUGCCACAACCGGGAGAAAGCAAAGCAUCUAGGUCAGUACAUCUGCCAGAAAUGCCACCUGAUCAUUGACGAGUUGCCCCUGAUGUACAAGAGUGAUCCAUAUCAUCCUGAUCAUUUCAACUGCACCAACUGUGGAAAGGAACUGACGGCCGAGGCUCGGGAGCUGAAAGGUGAACUCUUUUGCCUUCCCUGCCAUGACAAAACGGGCAUACCUAUCUGUGGGGCUUGUCGACGGCCAAUUGAGGGUCGCGUGGUGAAUGCCCUAGGGAAACAGUGGCACGUUGAGCAUUUUGUUUGUGCAAAGUGUGAGAAACCUUUUCUGGGGCACCAUCACUUCGAGCGAAAAGGACUGGCCUAUUGUGAGAAACAUUACAACCAGCUGUUCGGAGAUGUUUGCUACCACUGUAACCAUGUGAUUGAGGGUGACGUGGUGUCAGCUCUCAACAAGACCUGGUGUGUCCACUGCUUUGCUUGUUCCACCUGUCGCUCCAAGCUCACCCUGAAGAACAAGUUUGUGGAGUUUGACAUGAAGCCUGUGUGCAAGAGAUGCUACGAGAAGUUCCCGCUGGAACUGAAGAAGCGGCUGAAGAAUAUGUCUGAGAAAAACACCGGGAAGGCCAGCUUCAGGCUGAAAUCGCAACCAGUGCUAAAGGACCAUUGAGAAAGAGCAUUGAAGACAUAGAUGCAACCCACGCC